AUGAGCAAAGAUAGAUCUGGCAAUGAAUCUGGGAGCUCACCUGUGCUCCCCCCUUCUUUUCCCCCUGAUGAUGCCUCCCCUGAAAAUUCCCCCUCUGAAACUUUCAAACUCUAUAAACAAUUGUUCCUUCCUCCUGGUAGCCAGGUUGCCAUUAAAGACUGUUGGCCUACUGUUGAGGUGAUCCCUGAAGGCUAUAUCCUAGAUUGCCUUGGUGGUGAAGAUCUGAAGAUUGACCCUGGGUUCAAUCACAUCAAUGGUAUUCCAACCAAGGUUAUUGAUCGCUUCAUCAGAGGUAACAUGCAGCUCCCACCCUAUGAAGGUCAUGUACAUUAUCAUAUGGUUACUGAAGAUGUAUGUGUGAACCUAUCGUGGUUUUCCCACAAGAAAGAGUUUUUCUCUGCUAUCUUGAAGGCCUUGAAAGCACACAAGUUCGCAGUUGAGUGCAGGAAAAUCCUCCACCAGGGCAUUAGCCCUGCCAAUAUUUGGUUGUGCAUCAGGAAGUUGAAGAGCAAUCUAGCAAUUCCAAUCUGGGAGAAUGAUAAGCCUCCCCCAAUCAGACUGGCUUUACUAGGUGAUUGGGGUAUGGCCACUCUGCUACCAGGCUUUGAGUGGGAGAAAGAGAAGUCCAAGAUUGAAAUCUCAGUGCAAAGGGAGCCUGAGCUGGGUUUUAAGGAUUAUAACACGUCUCAUCAUGAUUGCACCCAUAUGAGGUUUGCUAAAAGCGCGCAAGGUCUACCUUACAAUAUUAAUGUCUAUUAA